CCGACAUUUACGACCCCGGCGGGGUCCGCGAAGGCCUCCCGCCUCGCGCGCUCAUUAAGCUCAUUGGACUCACCUGGCGGCGUUGCGCCUCGAGCUCGGAGGGUGCAGCAGCAGCAGCAGGAGCGCGCGGCGGCAUGCAGAAAGGCCUGAAGAGGUACUUCGUGAACAUGGACGAGUACCUGUCCAGUCUGGGACUCUACCGGAAGAUGGUGGCGCGAGACGCGUCCAGUUUGUUCCGGGCCGUGUCCGAGCAGCUGUAUUUCUCGCAGAACUACCAUCAGAAGAUCCGACUGGACUGUGCCAACUUCAUGAGGGCCAACAGGAGCAGCUUUGAACCGUUUGUUGAAGGCUCCUUUGAAAAGUACCUGGAGCGCCUAGAGGACCCAAAGGAAACGGUGGGGCAGGUGGAGAUCAAGGCCCUCUCCCACCUGUACAGGCGCUGUUUUGUAAUCUACCGUUACCCCGGGAAACCGGCCACAAUCAUCUCAGAGGACAACUACAUGGAAAAGGUGAUGCUGUGCUGCUCCAUCAAUGGUCACUACGACAUAGUUUACCCGAGAAGUUACCCCGCCUCAGCUGCACUCUGCCAGUCUCUGUUGUAUGAGCUGCUGUACACGCAGGUGUUUGGCUUGGAAGAGGCGGAGCUUUUUCAGGCCAUGGAGGCUUUCAAGGUAGGAAGUCGUCGCUAUAGAAACAGCCCUUCUGUGUGCAGCGACGCCGACCCCAGCUAUGACACACCUGAUGACCGUGGACACAGGGAGGAGGCUGGCGGAGCAGGUGAGGAGAAGCCGUGCUCCGAGGAGGUGAUGAAGCCUCCUGGAGAAGCCCCGCCCUCCUACAGACUCUCGCUGCCCUACAAAGUCAUGAAGGCUCUCGAUGGCGACGUCUACAGGAAUCUGGAAUUUGACGUGUGGCAGGACACCUGUAAAGAGAUGCAGAAGACGGACUACAUGGUGUUUGCCGGGAGGCAGUACUUCCUGGGAGACAAGUGUCAGGUGCGUUUGGAGCCAAAGGGGAAGUUCUACAACGCCUUUAUCCAGGAGGUGGGAACGCACGCCGCGGCCGUCACGGUCUUCAUCGAGGAGCUGGGAGAGAAACACUUGGUUCCCCUGACUGAUCUGAAACCAGUCAAUCCAGUUCCUGCCUGGAAUGUGGCUGCCCCCUCCAGGAAAGACCUUGAUCUAGACUCCCGUGGUCAACGCCACCACCGCCACCGCUACUUCAGAAAGUCCCGGGGAAACAACGUGGUGAAGGGGGCGGAGUUGUUCAUGCCACCCCCCUCCUCUUAUGGGGGCCCUGCUUCUUCUGUGUUGCCCCCCCGCUUUCAGCCUGUAGGGCAAGCACGCCCACCCCCACCACUGUCACCUGGAGCCUUGACCUACAACCCAUAUGCCCCCCAACAUCAUCCUGCCCCCACCGUCAGACCACCGAGAUAUGGAUCUUCAAGAAGCUCCUCUCGAUUCCUGAACCGUCACCUGAUGGGUCCACAGCUGACCUAUUACCAAACGGGCCGGCGGUUCUACCACGACUACGAGAACUACCCCUUCAGGUCCAGGCGCAGCCGGCGCCAGCUGGCGGCGGUUCUGAACAAGGAUGGUCAAUUUGGGUUUUCAGCAGAGGCGGUGGAGGAGCAUGCGGACCUGGAAACGGCCAUGGCGUACUACCAGCUGGACGACGCGGAGGCCGUCCUGCCCCCGCUGGCGGGCGCCGCUGUGGUUCCUCCUUCCAGCAUAGCCCCCCCCUCUGGUUCCUACAGACUUCAGAGGACGGCAGGGAUCCCCCCACCUGCACCUGCACCAGGAAACACCCCCGUCUGCUCCUCGGAGGACGACCAGGAGGACACCAGCACAAUGGAGGACCAGGACCAGAGCUAUCAGACAUCAGGUGUUUACAGCACUGGAGACCCCGCCCCCACACAGGACGAGCAGGAAAGGGGCGGAGCCGACUCUCCAACCAGACUGGACCUGAACUUCAGCUACAAUCCGCAGGCGAUGAAGCCGUUGGCCAUUUGCUCCUCCCCCUCAUCUUCUUCUUCUCCCCCCUCCUCCCCCUCCUCACGGGUGCCUGCAACCGGUCACUUCCCCCCCACCUCACAUGUGCAGACGCGCUCAGUUGCCAUGGCGAUGCCCACGUCUCCCUGGUUGGUCAAUGACUUGGGGGAGCCCGUGUGUGCUGUGGUAGCUCCGCCCCCAUACUCUUACGACCCUAGCGGCAGCGAUCUACCCCGAGACUGCAGGGUUCUCCAGUACUACUUCAACCUGGGCGUCCAGUGGUAUCAUCAGAGCUGCUGGCAGCAGCAGCUGUACCCCCCCACGGUGCCAGACAGCCCCUACAUCUACCAGCAUUGUGGCUCCUACUUGAGUCAGGAGCCCCCCUUGCACGCAUCUCCCGUAUCAUUCGCUGAGAGCAGCCGCGGCCCCCAACACCCCCACCCCUACAGCGAGCCCCCAAGGUUGGCGGACGGACAGCUGGACGGACAUGGCAGUGGGCCCGCCCCCUCCAUGGAAGUCCCCGCCUCCUCCGUCAGCCCCACACCUCCAGGCUCCGGGGCGUCUUCUGCUCUCCUCUAUCCAGAUUCAAUGCCCCCCCCUUCCACCUCCCUGUUGCACCUGUCCUAUGAGCCCCCCCCUCCAGCAGCCUACCUUACAGCUGCCCCCCAUCUACCCCAUGCUGCACAUUCCCACCCCCCACACCUGACCAAUCACUCUUCCUACCACCCCUGCCUGCCCCCCUCUAGCCACUGGGGUGCCUUUCCCCCCACAAACCACGCCCCACGGGUGUACUGUUCUGUCUCUAACCCCGCCCACAUGGUUGGUUACAUUACUGCCCCCCCCUCUCACUACAUGCCCGCCUCCAUGUGAGCCCGUGUGACUGAGCCUAACUGGGGGGGGGGGCUGGGUUUACCUGCU